GAACAGACUCAAAGACGGCUGCAAAAAUGGGACGAAAGAAAAUACAAAUUUCUCGUAUACUGGAUCAGAGGAAUAGACAGGUGACCUUCACCAAGCGUAAGUUUGGUCUGAUGAAGAAGGCUUAUGAGCUGAGUGUGCUGUGUGACUGUGAGAUCGCCCUCAUUAUCUUCAACAGCACCAACCGUCUAUUCCAGUACGCCAGCACAGACAUGGACAAAGUGCUGCUCAAGUACACAGAGUACAGCGAGCCGCACGAGAGUCGCACCAACACAGACAUCCUGGAGACUCUGCGUAGGAAGGGCCUUGGCAUGGACAGCACUGAGCUGGACAGUGAGGAGAGCAUGCAGGUGGCUGCAGACAAAUAUCCUCUCACUGAGGGCAUGGAUCUCUCUGUGGCACGCCAGCGCUUCUAUGCCCCAUCACUUCUUUCACCAGAGGCCCAGUUUCUAGUGUCUGCGGGCUGUGAGAACGGCUUUCCAAACUCUUCUGGAUCCAGCAUGGUGUCCCAUAGACCUCAGGGCUUUAAAUCUUUGAGUUCCAGACCCGGCUCUGCAAGCCCUGCUGCACAGCACACACACAGUGCAUUUAUGUCUCCACAUGCAGGUAUCGGUUACUCCGUGUUCUCUCACAGCAGCCUGAACCGAGCUCUGGACAUGAAAAGCCCUCCUCCUCUUAGCCUGGGCACUGAGAACCUGCGGGGAGAUGCUGCUAAUCAGGGCAUGGCAGCGACACGUGCUAACCACAGCUCUGCUAGGGGGGUCUUGUACCAGGGUCUGCACAGUGGCAGCUCCAUGGUCGCCAUGGGAAAGGCAGGGCUGCUGGGUCACAGUUUGGGGGGCUAUGGACUCCAAUCUCCUGGAGCCUCUGAGUACAGCCAACCUGGUUUUUAUCACUCUGUUAGCCUACAAAGAGGAGCUGUAAACCCCUGGCACCCAGCACAGCCACCUCAGGAGCCCCACGGGCCUCCCAUAAGCCCAGGGAUUUCCACUGGAGGGUGCUCCUUCCCCUCUCAGUCCUGCUCCUCAUCCUCUCCACAUCUGCCCUCCCUUAACCUCAGCAUCAAAUCAGAGCGUAGCUCUCCUGAGCACAUGUCCUCACCCACCUCCCCCCCUCUGCACCACCUCAGGCAGCACUCCCCAAUGAGCAACCCUGAUUCUGCUCGCCAUACUCCUCCAGAAGCCCGUCUGGCCAAUGGGACGAAGGAGUUUCCCAAAGCAGGUUACCCACAGGACGAAGAGGAAGGAGGGCAGCCGCUCAGGCAGCUUGAGAUAAGUGAUGGGUGGCAGAGAUAGCUGGCUGCUGCAGUCUACCACCAUCUCCCAUUCAAUCAGCCAUCUUCCAUCAAGUCCUCUCUUACACACAAACAUGAACACACACGCGCACAGAUAUAACACAGAAGAUAACGAGACGGCCGAUUUUGUCCCCAUCCUUCUAGAGAGAGCAACUCCUUUGUCUCCUCACAGAGAGCUGGUUUCUCCUGAGCCAUGGAUAAUUUCUCUGCAUUACUUGGUUCAUCCAAAGAGGAAACUCGUGCAAACAGACAUUUUUGCUUUUUUGUGUUUGGUUAGCUUUAGUUUUCUGUGUGGAGCUUAUAUGAAUCAAAAAUACCAUUUAAAAAAAAAAAUUGUUUUGUUCUGACUUUUUUUGAAGUUAGCUACAGCAGCACAUCGGGACCAGCUGAAUAUCUAAAAAAAAAAAAACACCAACAACCUGCUAAACCACCUCAGCGUUAGGACAAUAUCAGUGACAUGGUCAAGGCCUAGACAAGGACAUGUCAAGGAUUAUUUCACAACUUUUUCAGUUAACCUUAACACAAGACUCAUAUUAGUAUGCUGAAAUAAGUCCAUUCAUAAUGCAACUCAAAUACAGCAAACAGCUAAAAAAAAGUCAAUUUCCUUAAAAAAUGCAGUUUUAAAUGUAUACUUUCAGGCCUUUCACUUCUACAGAAAAAGAGGACUCUGAAUUAUCCAUCUCAUACUGUACAUUGAAAUCACAUGUGGAUCUCUUCAGCAGGGGUGCGUCCAGACUUUUUUUCUGGGGUUGCACAAAUAAAUAUGAUCAAUCACCCUUUCCAACUCAACCAAUCAUAUCUUUAAAACACAGGAAAAUGGCAGCGUUAGCUUCAUUUGUAAUGACACAAAAAGAAGAUUUAUGUGCAAAGUCAGUCACAAUUGAAAGUACUUAAAAAUGUGCAUGCAAACUCCUGCGAAAAGUCUACCUUGAAGAAAUACAUGAAUUGGCAAUGUUUUGGUCCUGACACUUUGCCAGUUAGUUCAUAGCAAGUAAGAGUGCAAUACUUUCCAAAGCACUUAUCUUGGGAAAUAGAUGUGCAAAGUUUUUAUUCAAUUGUUCAAUUUAAAGAACAAUCAAAGGAAAAUAUUCUAUAUUGAUAUGUAAAGAAAAAUAGCAGCCUUUCCAAAAAAAGUUUUAACAUAAGCCUCUGACAGGGCAAAUACAUGUCGACAAUCACAGUUUAGGAUUUUUGGGGUGGCACCUUGCGUGGCAAAUCAGAUUUCUAGGGGGGGCCCAUGCCAACCCUUUGGACACGUCCCUUCUCUUCAGGGCCAGUACAGACAGGAGGAACUAUCACAACACACCAAAAGCUGUUUUACUUGGAAUUUUAGGUAUUACUAUAAAACACACUGUAACAAAUGUGAACCUUUCCUCUCCAUCCAGGGAAUCUCAGGGAGUUGGCUGAUGCUUUCUUUGGGAAUUUUGAAACUUGCUUCUAUCAAUGUUUGUAAGACUAAAAGUGUGGAUAAACUAAGCUUGUGCUGUAUAACUCCUCCUAAAAUACAUUUUUUUUAUUGUUUUUUACUUCACUUUUUCAAUACCAAAACUUAUAGCAGUAUACUUCAACUGAACACCAAAGACUUUGCAUUUUUUCCCCUAUGCAUUACAAGAUAAUACUAAAACAACCAAAGACAUUACGUGCAUGUCAAUAUUGGGUCUAAUUUGAUUUGAUUUAUUUGAAGUAAUAAAAAAAUACUAUGAGUUAUUUUUAUCUUAAUGUUUAAUUUUAGUCAUUGUAUGUUGUUGAUAGUUUAAAGCUUGACAAAUACAUGAUUUAAAAAAAUAAACGUCUACAUUUUAAUUUGAUCUUUAAAAUUAAACACAGCUUAUUAGUAUUUUAUUGAAAAAGUUUAUUUCUGUUUCUGUAAAUUUACUCUGCACUGUGUUCUUGUGCACUAGAUUUUCUUUUUUGCCUUUCCUCCUUAGAGGACAAAAUAUACUCUUAGUUCAUUAUUAGAAUAAUUUCCUAUCGUCCACAAGGGGGCAUCUUAUUCACAACAUUUGGAUUUAAAUUUGAAAACAGCACAGAUUGAAGACCAAGUUCAAGUAUCAUAAAUCACCCAUUUUAUUAGUCUAUGAUGAAUAUAGACUGAUUCUUUGAGACAUGACACAGGUUCAGUGGUUCACCCUGGAGACAUUCGACAAAUACAUCGUGAUAAACUCUGCAGAGAUUCAGUGAGCUGGUUGGUAGAGGUCUUCAAGUUCAAGUGCUGCUGUGGAAUUAGUUUUAUUUUAUUUUCCUGUCUUAUGCAGUAAUAUUGUAACAUAUAUGUGUGGAGAAAAAAAAACGAAUUAUCAGUGUUCUGAUGUUUUAGUUUGACUUUUAUAUGUUUGCUGAAUGCUUCACAAAGCAAAGAGGGAUUUUAUUUGAUAUUUGUUGUGAUUCCUUUGAAAUAAAAAUGGUUUGAUUUGUA